AUGCCGCCAAAGCUUAACCGUUUCAACGUUGGGCUUUAUAAUAAAAUCAAAAAACAGGAAAAAGAUGCUGCACUCCGGGAGAAUGCAAAACUUAUGAACUGUGUAGCUGAGGAAAACAGAAAAUUGAAGUCAACCCAGAUGAAGCUGAAAAGGCUUCAGGAAAAGGUUUGCAAUAAUUAUAAAAGUCACUGAUUUUCAUUUUGCAUCUUGAUUUAUCUGUUUAUUUGUUGAUUUAUAUUUGUUUAUAUUUUUGUUUAUAUUUUUGUUUAUUUUACUUUUCAUACACACCCAUAAGCUGAAAAGGCUUCAGGCAAAGGUCUGCAACCACUAUUAUUGAGUCACUGAUAUUCAUUUUGUAUCUUGAUUUAUCUGUUUAUUUAUUGAUUUAUAUCUGUUUAUAUUUUUGUUUAUUAUUUUGUUUAUUUUAAUUUUCAUGCACACCUAUAUUUGUUAGUUACAGAAAGCUGAAAAGGCUUCGGGUAAGGUUUGCAACCAUUAUAUUUAUGGAGUCACUGAUAUUUAUUUUGUAUCUUGAUUUAUCUGUUUAUUUGUUGAUUAAUUUUUGUUGGUUUGUUUUUCUAUUACUGACAUCCAUUGAAAGUUUGCUGUGAACUUUUUCUGCGAAAAUAGCUACAAAGCUCAGAUAUUUGUGUUUCUGCUCAUCAGACUGAUCUUGCAGACGCGCAUUGUCAAGAACUUUUGGCAGGGCUGAAUACACCUGGAAAAGAAAACAGUGAGGUGUGUGGGUAUUGUAUCUUUGUUUUUAUAGUAAUAUAUAGUGUAGUUUAUAUUAGGCGAAGAGCCACCUAGUGGAUGUCCUUAAUAAACCAUCAUCAUUAUUAUUAUUAUUAUUCAACUUUAAUUUUUGCACUAUCAUGAUGCUGGCAUAAUGAUCCUGCCAUUUCUUAAAAAUUGAUACAGUUUAUCCCAUUUCAGAGUGGAAAUUAUAAUUCCCUGAGGAGGCAGAUGAAUCCAACCAUACUUCAGAAUGGGAAGUCAAACCAGACUCAAAGGACAGCGGUUAAACGUCGUCAAGAGACUUUCAAUGCUGCCAUGGUCAUCCAUGGAGGAACAGAAGAAAACCCACGUCCUGCCAUUGAGGGCAUGUUUGAUACCUUGUGUAAAAGGAGUAAGCUUGAUGACAUGACCAAUCUUGUUUCAAGCAAUGCUAAGCUUCAGGCAAGGGUAGCAUCAGCCCAUUGCUCUCGUGAAAUAAGAUCAUUUGAAACUUCAGAUGAAAAUGUUCUUCGAAGUGUUGCCGCAUAUUAUAGUGGGGGAGUGAUGGGAAAGAGAAAGUAUAAGUCAGUUAGACUUGUUUUGGCAACAAAGGCUAGUACAAAAAAGCGAGGGGGUAGAGAAGCAUUGUGCUUUAUGCAAAAAAGCCGAAUUCCCAAACUAUUACCAGAAGAUAAGUUGGUGAGUUAUACAGGGGUGGAUUUAGACUAG